AUGGCUAGCCAACUUCACGCGCAGAUUCAGGAUCUACUGAAUGAUCUCCAUGGAAUCGAUCAAAAGGUAGAAAACUAUGACAUAAUCAGCAUAAGGUCGAGAACAAGAGGGCGUCCUUUUGUCUCCGAAAACCUAACCGACUCACUCGUCGAUUUCAAGCUACGGGAGCUUGCCUCCGUCGGAGCGGGACCUUCUCGCUCUGCCAAUUCCAGCGCCAAGCACGAGGAGCUUCUCGAAAUCUCUAGGGGCUUCUCUGACUGCUCCAGCUUUGGCUCUGACAUCUCCGACGAGCUCCAGAGGCUGGCCUCCUUUUCCAUAUCUGAGGUGCCGCGGAGCAUUGUGGCAUCCAACGUCGAAGGUUUCGAGGAAUCCGGGCUCAGCACAUCGUCGGAGAGCCUAGAGUACGCGUCGGUGGAGGGCGUCGAGCCGGUGGUGCGCGCUUGCGUGGAGCGUCUGAGGUCGGUGUCAGUGGAGGCUAAGCGGGAGGCUGCAGCGAGGAUCCGGCUCCUAGCGAAGCACCGGUCGAAUUUCCGGUCGCUGAUCGGGCCGUCGGGGGCGAUCUCGGCCCUAGUCCCGCUGCUGCGCAGCACGGAUCCGGCUGCGCAAGAGAAUGCGGCGACGGCGCUGCUUAACCUUUCGCUAGAGGAGGCCAACAAGAGGCACAUAGCGGCGGCGGGCGCGAUCAAGCCGCUGGUGUACGCCCUGCGGACAGGGACAGCCUCUGCGAAGCAGAACGCUACGUGCGCGUUGCUGAACAUUUCGAUGAUCGAGGAGAACCGGGCAACGAUAGGAGCAUGUGGAGCGAUCCCACCGUUUGCUUGCUACCUCAUCUAUAUAGAAAAAAAAUGGAGCUAAUUUCAAAGGUAAGAAGCCCAUUUAUUAUGGAUUAUAAAGAUUCCUGGGUUGAAAAGGUUUCUAAAAGUUUGCUUCCCCUUGAUUUAUUAUGAUAAGUUUCUUUUCUGUUUUAGCAUUUAGAUUGUAAAUGGAUGUUUUAUGACUGCAUGUUAUAUGUAUUAGAACUCUAGUUAUUUAAUCCAUGUUUAUUCAUUCAGUCAAUAUUCUAUGAUUUCUUAAACUAGCAUUGUUCUUGCAACUGAAAAGAUAUUUUACAUGCACUCUUUGAUUAAUAACUAUAUUGGUUAUAGGAGCAGAGUGAAGAGCUUGCGCAUACUUUUGUGGACUAGAUUGACUCUGAGAAUAGCUGCCUAGGCCAUAUGGUUUCAGGGUCUAAAGCUAAUAGUGCUUCAAUUCAUCAAAGUGCUGCUGUAAAUAGCAGUAGAGUUAUCCAUGCCCAAGAGUUUGAUGUUUCAGUAACAAUGUUGAAUAUUGCAAUCAUUCUCUACCAUAUCCAUGAGUAUGCACAUUCAUUAUCUGUUCUCAAAAAGUUGUUC